AUGAGUGAAAUAGACGGCAUACCGGUUGUAAGCGUUACCGGCGUUAAGCGGUCAGCCCCUGUGAUUGAUAGGAAAGAACUGGAUGCAAUGAUGAAGUCAGGAGAAACAGCUCCAAAACGGAAACGGAUAUUCAUGAAGGAGGGUAUGUGUAGGCUUAGUGAGGCGUUGGAGAUUUCCAAAACGGGCAAAGUGAGGACGGAAGAUCUGUGUAUGGUAAUUUCCAAAGAUCCAAAGAAGCUGGGACGUGUACAGGAGUUGCUCGUGAUGGCCGAUGAGAUCAAGAAGGCGAGGAAAAACUUCGAGGAUGUUAUUGAUGGAGAUGACGUCGACGAGUAG